GGUAUCUAGUGGUGACUGAGGAUCCGGCUAGCUAAGUUGUCAUUUUAUAAUAUAUGGAGUCAGCACUGUUAGGAACCUAACUUUGGAGACAGGCUAAAAUUUUUCUUGAAGGGAAUUGUGGAACAGAACAGCUAAAUUUUUCAGAAGGAAGUUUCCAUCUAGGUUCCAAACUGGCAUGGAUCUUGAUGACUCUGCAGAAGAGUCUGAGGAGAAGGAAUAUUCUUCUGUCUGCGUUGGCAGAGAAGAUCAAAUUAAGAAAACCGAAAGAAUGACAGCUGUGGUCCACGACAGGGAAGUGGUCAUUUUCUACCACAAAGGAGAAUAUCACGCCAUGGAUAUCCGCUGUUACCACUCCGGAGGACCUUUACAUCUGGGAGAAAUAGAGGAAUUUGAUGGACGACCGUGUAUAGUUUGCCCUUGGCAUAAAUACAAAAUUACUCUGGCAACAGGAGAAGGAUUGUACCAGUCUAUCAACCCUAGAGAUCCAACAGCAAAACCCGAGUGGUGCUCCAAAGGAGUAAAGCAAAGGAUUCAUAAGGUGACAGUGGACAACGGGAAGAUUUAUGUAACUCUUUCUAAAGAGCCUUUCAAGUGUGACUCAGAUUUUUAUGCCACCGGAGACUUCAAAGUAAUUCGGAGUUCUUCCUGAUAAAAUAUAUGGAAAUGAACAAUG